UGGUCAACGUGACACAGGGACUGAGUGACAGAGCCUGCUCUUCUUUCUAGCUGGCCUCUAGACUUCUAGUUCAAGGUUCCCUUUACUACACCAGGGACCUUGACCUCAUGUAGCUUAUGAUGAGCAAACAAAACAGGACAGGAAAGAAUGAGCAAUCGUGUUGUGAAGAUCCAAGAGAAUUGGAGGAAGCUACAAAAACAUGCAAGGCAGCCCUGAUGUUGAGAGGAUAGCAACAGCGAGGGGAGUGAUGAGGGCAGUAAUGGAGUGAUAGAAUCUCAGCAGAAGAAAGGAGAGUCGGCUCAUAGGGAGCAAAACCAGUCUCUUCCCUGUCAUAAUUCAGCACUUUUUAAUGAGGAUAAUAGGACACUUGUUAUGAGCCCUGAGUAAAUACAGAGCUGUCAGGUCCAAGAUGAACCAACUGAAGAAUGAUCAUCAUCUGGCUUCUUAACUCACUAUGGCCAGUGACCAAUGUGCCAGGUAGCAUUCCAUGCCACCCUUGAAUGCCAACAGGAAUUCUUUGGGACAGCAAACCAUCUUCGAAACAAAAACUGAGUCUUUUGGAGUAACUUGGCAAAGACUAGAAGUCAUCAGUCAUAACUAUGGCAGCACCAAAGAGAACUUUGUACAUUUCCCCACCUGAUGGAGGGUGGGGCUGGAUGAUUGUGGCCGGCUGUUUCCUUGUCACCAUCUGCACCAGGGCAGUCACAAGAUGUAUCUCCAUUUUUUUUGUGGAGUUCCAGACAUAUUUUGCUCAGGAUUAUGCACAAACAGCAUGGAUCCAUUCCAUUGUAGACUGUGUCACCAUGCUAUGUGCUCCACUGGGGAGUGUUAUCAGUAACUAUUUAUCCUGUCAAGUGGGAAUCAUGCUGGGUGGCUUGCUUGCCUCUACUGGUCUCAUCCUGAGUUCAUUUGCCACCAGCCUGAAGCACCUCUACCUCACUCUUGGAGUUCUAACAGGUCUUGGAUUUGCACUUUGCUAUUCUCCAGCCAUAGCCAUGGUGGGCAAGUACUUUAACAAGAGGAGAGCCCUUGCCUAUGGCAUAGCUAUGUCAGGGAGUGGCAUUGGGACCUUUAUUUUGGCUCCCGUGGUUCAGCUCUUGAUUGAGCAGUUCUCCUGGCGAGGGGCAUUGCUCAUUCUUGGAGGCUUCGUUUUGAACCUUUGUGUCUGCGGUGCCUUGAUGCGUCCCAUCACCCUGAAGGAGGACCACAAAAACCUCCCCCAGCAGGACCCUGUCUCCAAAACGCCAAAAGAGGACUUACCACCUUUGUCCCUCUGCUCACCUUUACUGAAAGAAUGUGCUCAGCCCUGUCUGUGCUGCUCCCUGCAGCAAGAAUACCACUUCUUACUCAUAGCAGACUUUGUGGUAUUCGCCACGUCCAUCCUGUUCAUGGCUUAUGGCUGCAGCCCUGUCUUCGUGUAUCUGGUGCCUUAUGCUCUGAGUGUUGGAGUGAGUCAUCAGCAAGCCGCAUUUCUCAUGUCCAUACUUGGCGUGAUUGACAUUGUUGGCAACGUUACCUUUGGAUGGCUGACAGAUAGAAGGUGCCUGAAGAACUCCAGAUAUAUUUGCUAUCUCUUUGCUGUGGGAUUAGAUGGUCUCUGUUACCUCUUCCUUCCAAUGCUCCAAAGUUUCCCCCUGCUCGUGCCUUUCUCUUGUACCUUUGGGUAUUUUGAUGGUGCCUAUGUCACCCUGAUCCCCGUAGUGACGGCCGAAAUGGUGGGGACCACCUCCUUAUCAUCAGCUCUUGGUGUGGUAUACUUCCUCCAUGCAGUCCCAUACCUAGUGAGCCCGCCCAUUGCAGGAUGGCUGGUUGAUACCACUCGAAGUUAUACCGCAGCUUUCCUUCUCUGUGGCUUUUCAAUGAUCUUCAGUUCUGUAUUACUCAGCUUUGCUAGGCUUCUAAAAAAGAUGAAAACAUCCCAGGUGCCGUCUCUUGACAGAGAUCCUGGCCCCAAACUGCAGCUUUGCCCUAAUGGGACAGUAGCUUAUUCUGUAGCAGGAGAACUAGACCAGAGGGAUGGGGACUUGAUGACCACUGGAGGACCUAGUUAUAACACAUGACCAAUG